AAUAACACAUACAUAGUGGCUAGUAUCAACCAAAACUUAAAAAUUUAGAAACUCAAACGUAUAAAGAACCAAAAUGACCUCUGUUUCAAAAUCGUCUACUUCCUAUAAUUUAUCUACUAAUUCAGAUUCAGAAAAUGAAAUUAGAAGUAAUAUAAAACUUGAUUCUGCUAAAAUAGAUUUUAAAAAAACCUUUAAUACAGAACUUCCAUCAAGCUUAUCACGCCAAACUACAAACAACUCAUUACGAUAUUUUAAAAAACUUAAAAGAAAAAAACCAAUAUACGAAUCUGAUUCUAGCUCUUUAUCAUACACAUUAAACCCAUUGGAGGAUAAAUAUAAUUUAUCUAAUUUAAAAAACGUGCCAAAUUACAAGAAAAAAAAACAUGAUGGUUUUAAGAAUAAAAAUACCGCAUACCGUAAUUCAAUUGAUUUAAAUAAAGAAUUUGCAAACGCCUUUGAAUCUUCUUCUGAUUCUGAUUUUCCUGAUAUAAAAUAUUUAAGAUCUAUAUCAAAAAAUAAAGAAGUUAAUACUUCAUCUAUCAGCAAGGAGUCGAAACAAAAUGAAAUUUAUUCGAAUUUAACAAGUAAGAAACGACCAACAUCGAUUAAUAUCACUAACAUAGCCGAAAAUAUUAGUAACGAUUUAGAAUCAUCAAUUUCAUCAGAUAUAACCGAUUUUGAUUUUAGCCAAAUAAAAACUGAUUCUGUUAACUUUCAACAGAAAGAUGUUUAUACUAAUAAUGAAUUAAACUUGGAUCAACUAUUAUCAGAUUGUAGUCUGUCUGAUAUAUUAUUCGUUAGGGAAGAUAAUAGUGAUUUAAAAAACCAAUUUGAUCCUACACCAGGUACAGAUAAUUCAAUUAUACAAAUAAAAACGCCAUUAAACAUAAGUUUAGACAUUAGUAAUGAGCUAACACAGCAAUCAUCAAGCGAUAUUAUAAAUGUACCAGAUUUAAUCGAAAACGAGGCUACAGAAGUUGAACAAAUUAAAACUGUUGAUGAAAUUGAAAUAUUUAAACCAGAACUUAAAAACAACAAAGAUUCCAAUAGUAAUGAAACAAAAUCAUUUUCUAAACAAAGAUCAAAUUCUCAAUUCUCAAUUGAAGAAAGUGUUAUCUCUGGACCAGUUUGCAACCACUGUAAUCGUUCUAGUAAAUUAAAAACUAAAAACACCAGUGAUACUAAAAUAAGAAAUACAAAACGAAGUAAAUCAAAACGUUCACAUGUAAAAACAUUAGGAAGUACAUCAGAUAUUUUGCGAAUUAAAAAAUCUGAUAAAAAAAAAAUAAAGAACUGUGUGAAAACAAAUGAGACUGUUGAAGAUAUUGGUCUAGAAUAUGAUACAGGUAAAGAUAACUAUAUGGUAGAGUUACCAAAUGGAGCUUUAGUUCCAGUAUUUUUAUCAACAUUAAAACCUAAACUUGUAAAAAAACUUUGUGCUUGCGGAAUUACUAUAUCUGAUAUUCCUCUUUAUUGGAGCGAAUCUUUUCACGAUAUUUUGCAUCAAAAUAUUUAUAAAUUACGUUUUAAUGGUAAUAUAUCAGACGAUGACACUGUUAACAUUAAACAAAAUGAUUUAUUCUUUAGGAUUUUAAUGUUAUGUGAAAACCAUUAUAAUAACGAAAACAUAAAAAAAUCAAUCAAAGAUGUGGAUGAUUUUGUGUGCUUAGAAUAUGGCAUUUCAAAUACAAUUCAAUCAUAUAAAUAUUCUACAUAUUUAGCGGUAUUACCUAGCUUUAAGGUGAUAGGAUACUUAGAAGUGGAGCCUAUACAAAAAGCUUAUAAACUUAACAAUGACGAACAAUAUUCAGAAAAUAUGAUAGUAUCCGUGAAGUAUGGUGUAUCAAAGAUAUGGACUUUUAUUAAAUACAGACAUAAAAACAUAGAUAUUACUUUGUUAGAAACAUUUUGUAAAAAAAAAAAUCUUCAAACGAAAGACUUGGCUUUUUGUUUAGACGGAUGUCAAGGAAUCCAAUUUGCUCAAAAAUACACGGGAAAUAAAAAUAUUUUAAUUUACAACGAGCUUUAA